GCGCUGGAAGCAGUGCUGCAGAUAAAAAACGCAGAAGGACAAGUUGCUUCGAUAAGCCACAAAUGCGCCAAUAUAGACGAGCAGCUCACGGCGCUGCUGGGUAACUUGCUGCUGCUGCUGCUGCUACUGCUGCUGCUGUUGCUGCUGCUGCUGUUACUGCUGCUGUUGCUGCUGCUGCUGCUGCCGCUCUUGCUGCCACCGCCGCGGCUACUGCUGCUGUAUCCCUGCCGCGCCGCCUGCUUUGCUCGCUGCUGCUCCUGCUGCUGCUGCUGCUACUGCUGCUGCUGCUGCUGCUCAGAAAUCCCGCGGGCAGUUCUGGAGCACGUGGUGUUUUGCCACCAAGAGGAAAGCUGCUGGCCCAUGGGGGACAUGGCCACUUUAAAGAAAAGAUUUGAUUCUCUUUUUGCUGCCACCAGAUACGCCAAGGCCCUCCUCGCCAUACGGGCAGCAAGGAAGGUGCACGUGAUGGAGCUGAAGGACAGAGAAAGCGAUCUGCGGCUUCUUGAUGUCCACAGAGCAGCAGCAGCAGCUCUGCAGACGCAGUUGCAGCAGCAGCAGCAAGCCAUAGACGACACGCAGCGCCAAAUUGAGCAGCAGCAGCAAACGGUUGAGGAGCUCGAAGAGGUGACUGCAGCAGCAGCAGAUCUGCUGCGGCGGGCGCAGCAGCAGCAGCAGCAGCUGCAAGUCGCUGAGGAAAUGCAGGCGAUGCAUCAGCAGAAGCUGGAGCAGCUGCAGCAGCAACUGCAGCAGCAGCAGCAGCAGCAAGAAGAGGAAGAUGAAGCUUUCGUAUUUGAGGAGCCUCUGGAAGAGCUUGAAGAGCUUUUUGAAAAAAUUUCAGAGGAAUAUAAAGUUAAGGGCGAAAAGAGGCAAGCCGUGUGCAACAAAGUAAAUGAGCUGCAGCAGCAGCAGCUGCUGCUGCAGCAGCAGCUGCAGCAAGAGCUUGCUGCAGCAGCAGAUGGACUUAAGGCGGAAGAAAGAAGAGACGCAGCAAAGCAGCAGCAGCAGCUGCUGCUGGACAAAGUAGCGGCAGCACUGCCCUACGCGCAGCAGCCACAAGUACGGGCAGCAGCAGCAGCAGCGGCAGCAGCAACAGCAGCAGAAGCAGCAAGACUUGAUAUUGUUUCAAACACCGGAGGCAGCCGUGGCGCUGUGCCGAUCAGAAGCCGUCAGGCUGCGGCGGCAGCAGCAAGCAGCAGCGUGUGA